AUGAUGAUUGGCAGAAAGAAGACGUUUCUAAUCGUAAACAUAAUAAUGUUAUUAUCAUUGGUUUCGCCAAUUGUUUUGCGGGAUAUCAUAAGUUUCUCGAUCUGUCGUUUCAUUGGCGGAGGUUUCCUUGUAAUUCAGUAUCAAAUACCUUUCAUUAUAGCGAUGGAAUUUGUGGGAACAGAUUAUCGGUCAAAGACAUCGAGUCUGUCAGCCAUUGGCUAUUCUGUGGGCGGAUGUAUACUUCCCGGUGUGGUCUACUUGACUGGCCAUUGGGUCUUAUUAGCAGUAUUUCAGUUUGUGGUCACAAUUCCUUACAUUAUAUUAUGGAAAUUUAUUCCAGAAUCCGCUUCGUGGCUCAUCACUCAGAAACGGUAUGCAGAGGCGCAUACAGUGCUCACUAAAGUGGCUAAAGUCAAUGGCCUCACACCACCCAAAGACCUGAUGAUUCAAAUACAAAAAGUGGGAGACAAACAGGAAGAGCUUAAAAAGUCUGAACAAAAAGAUUCAACGCUUGAUUUCAUAAGAAUACCAGAAUUACGAAAACAGUUAUUUAUUUUAAUCAUACUAUUUGUGGCCAAUGUUAUAGCCUAUGCGGGUCUGGCGGUCAACGCACUUAACUUUCACGGCAAUGAAUUAAUGAAUUCAUUUCUGUUGGCUUUGGCCGACAUUCCCGCCCUCUUCUUGGGCUGGUAUCUCAUUGAGGGUAAACUCGGCCGCCGAUGGACUAACACAUUGUCGCUAAUGGUGUGCGGAUUUAGUCUUUGUGUUCCCGUUCUCAUCGAUCCGUCACAGAAAACGUUAAUAACAAUAAUGUCAUUACUGGGAAAGGGAGGAACGGCCGCUUCCUAUAUGAUUAUCUUCCAACAGGCGGCUGAGAUAUUCCCCACAACUCUUAGGAGUGAGGGAAUGGGUAUUUGCUCGACAAUCAGCUCCGGUGUGGCCAUCAUUAUUCCGCAAAUUACUUAUUUGGGAAGAUAUGGUCUUUGGAUUCCGAUGUUUAUAAUGGGUUUUGGAUGCCUUAUAGCGGGCAUAGCGUCGAGCUUUUUGCCCGAAACACUCAAUGAAAACUUACCACAAAAUAGCGCCGAUUCACAAAAAUUUGGCAAAAAUAAGUCAUACUUUUGUUUAGCAAACGUUACAAUCAAAACACAUCUUUGA